UCGUGUCUCGACAUGCUUGAUUCUUUUCUCAAACUUUCAAAUAAAGUAGCAUUGGUUUUAAUAAAACGAUCAACUUCUAUGAAGGGAUUGCCAGACAUGCUAACAGCUCACGAAAUAGAUAUAUGCAAAGACUUUUGUGAUUUGCUAAGUCCGUAUAAAAACGCAACAGAAAAAAUAAGCGGUGAAAACUACGUCACAGUUAGCAUGGUAAUUCCAUUAAUAUCCUUACUGAUAAAUAAAAUACGUACAUUGACUGUAGAAUCGGCUGAAGGAAAACUUACUAAAGAAACUCUACUAAAAGUUUCUGAAGACCGUUUUCAAUCUUUUCAAAACAACAAAACACUGGUGAAGUCAACAAUGUUGGACCCCCGGUUUAAAAAAUUAUAUUUAUCGCCGCUCAAUGCUCAAGAAGCUAUUCAAGACAUUAUCACCGAGGCAUCGGCAGACAUCACUGAAAAACGAAACUCAAUGGACAAUGGUCCAAACGGAAGGCAACUUGAUGAGAUGAGGGAAAUGCCAUGGAAAAUACAGAAAUAA